AUGCGACCAUUAACUCCAGGAGAGAAGGUCAUUAGCCAAAAUCCAAUCACCAAAAAGUGGGAUGAAAUAGGAAUUAUCGUGAGCGAACGUAAACACGGAGGGUCGUACUGGGUCGAAACAAGAAAUGGUUGGCAAAUGAUCAGAAAUCGUCGCUUCCUGAAGCCGUUAAAAGAGGAUGAUGAUAGAAAGGACACGAAAUAUACAGGAAACCAAAAAGAAGACAACACAACCGAAGUGAGAAGAAGUCCAAGACUGACCGACAAGAUAAGAUGA